AUGUCUGUUGAGGGCAAGAAGCUGGAGACAGCUAGCAAGGAUGCUACGCCCAGCAACCCUCGAGGUAUCCCUAAGGCGCCAUUUGUCGACAAGGUUGAGGACUACGUCACCACCCGCGAAGAUGUCGAACCGACUAUGCGCAACUUCCAGGAGAUGAUCUCGAAAUACCAGUUUAUGGAGCUUAAUCUUCAGAAGAGGAUGGCAGGACUGAAGGACAAGAUCCCCGAUAUUCAGAAGACGCUCGACUCUGUGCGGUUCCUAAAGCUUAGACAGGGCGAUGAUGAACCGAUCGAGACGACCUUCGAGCUCAACGACACGCUAUACUCCAAGGCGAAGAUCCCGCCCACUGAGGAGGUGUACAUCUGGCUCGGUGCCAACGUCAUGCUGUCGUACCCCGUCGAUGAAGCUGAGACGCUUCUCGAAUCCAAGCUGUCGACGGCGAAGACAAGCUUAUCCAACUGCGAGGAGGAUCUGGACUUCUUGCGAGAGCAGAUUACGACCAUGGAGGUCGCGAUUGCGAGAGUAUACAACUGGGAAGUCGUUCAAAAGCGCAAAGACAAGGAGGAAGGAAAGGACAUCAAGAAGGAAGAGGGCGAUGGCAAGGCAAACGGCUGA